AUGGCAUCUGAAAAUAGUAACUUUGUGCAACCAACAAUUCCUCGCUUUGAUGGUCACUAUGAUCAUUGGGCAAUGUUGAUGGAGAAUUUUUUGCGAUCAAAGGAGUAUUGGCCACUAAUUGAAGAUGGUAUAACCACUUAUCUAGCAGGGACAAUGUUGACAACAGCUCAGGAGAAGCAACAAGAGGACCAAAAAUUGAAGGAUCUGAAGGUGAAAAUUUCUUUGUUCCAGGCUAUUGAUCGUACGAUCUUGGAGACCGUUGUUCAAAAGGAAACCAGCAAGCAAAUCUGGGACUCAGUGAAACUUAAGUAUCAAGGGACAACAAAAGUGAAGCGUGCACAGCUUCAAGCCCUUCAAAGAGAUUUUGAAACUCUACAUAUGAAUAUGGGAGAGUCUGUCACUGAUUAUUUCUCAAGGACGAUGACAAUUGCAAACAAUAUGCGAAUCCAUGGUGACAAACUAGAAGAUGUUGUUGUUAUUGAAAAAAUUCUUCGAUCGAUGACUACAAAAUUUGAUUACGUAGUUUGUUCAAUCGAGGAAGCACGUGACAUUGAUAACCUUUCCAUUGAUGAGCUGCAAAGCUCGUUGUUGGUUUGA